CUUCCGGUGCUGUGCCCCGGAAGCGGAAGUGCGGCCUGUCGUCUGUCGGAGUCGGGGUGUUACUUGGUGGUCGCGGAAUCUCGGGAAGUGGUUUUCGCUUCUCUUUUGCUGGCUGUAGAGCCCUUCCUUCGCGGCGGGCGGGAGCGCAGGCACGGCAGUGCGAGAUGAGCACCAUGUUCGCGGACACCCUGCUCAUCGUUUUUAUCUCUGUGUGCACGGCUCUGCUUGCCGAGGGUAUAACCUGGGUCCUGGUUUAUAGGACAGAUAAGUACAAGAGACUGAAGGCAGAAGUGGAAAAACAGAGUAAAAAAUUGGAAAAGAAGAAGGAAACAAUAACAGAGUCAGCUGGUCGACAACAGAAAAAGAAAAUAGAGAGGCAAGAAGAAAAACUUAAGAAUAACAACAGAGAUCUGUCAAUGGUUCGGAUGAAAUCCAUGUUUGCAAUUGGCUUUUGUUUUACUGCCCUAAUGGGAAUGUUCAAUUCCAUAUUUGAUGGUAGAGUGGUGGCAAAGCUUCCUUUCACCCCUCUUUCUUACAUCCAAGGACUGUCUCAUCGAAACCUGCUGGGAGAUGACACCACAGACUGUUCCUUCAUCUUCCUGUACAUUCUCUGUACUAUGUCAAUUCGGCAGGGGGCCUGUGGUAAGAACCACAGGGGAAAAAACUACAUAGCUGCCUGGAUUUCCAUGAACUUUGGCUAUAUCGCUGCUGAAGUGUCUCAUUGUUAACUUUUGCUGUUGGAGCUGUUCUCAUCUAGAGCAUUGGCAUAAACAUUCAGAAGAUUCUUGGUCUUGCCCCUUCACGAGCUGCCACCAAGCAGGCGGGUGGAUUUCUUGGCCCUCCACCUCCUUCUGGGAAAUUCUCUUGAACUCAAGCAAGAACUCUUUAAUUCCUGUUAAUUCUUUUCAGAAACUCACAUCAGACUGGCAACUAUUUUGCAGCAAGAGCCACAGGCUGCCCUAGCACUUGGGCCACUUUUUAGUUUUCAAUUACUUUUAGACCUUUUGGUUAUGAUUAGAACGAGAAUGGCCACCAACAAAUAUAAUAGUGCUUUUGGUCAUAGAUGAAUUAUUUUUUAAAUAAAUGGAUUGAUUAGUUACAUUCAGGUGAUGUUUAUGUAAUGAGAAACAAACAGCAUCUUUCUGUUUCACUUUCAUAAAUAUUUUCUGUGGGACCGAUUCUCAAGGCUGUUGUGUGUACCAUGGAAGAUGGCUUUCUAUGAACAUUUAAAGAUCUAGAAGGAAAAUUUUGUUUAUGAUUGUAACUCUUAAUGGAACUCUUGUGUUGUUUUUUUCAAGCCAAAUAUAUGACUUGAGAGCAAUAAAGAGGCCAAAUUUUUAGCUAUUUUAUGUAUAAGGAGAGAUUUGUUGCAUUUUGUUUUGCUGUAUUUCUAGAUACGGGUUUUUAAUAAUUUAAACAUAAACAUUGUCCAUGAAGGGCUAAAAUAAAAGUUUUAAUGUACUAUACUUUUUGCUACACUUGCCUGUUAUACUCAAAAUACAGUUGUCAUACUAUAGGAAUUAGAAAGCAAGUGUGGAAAGUAAUGAAUUAUGGGAGUUUAAAAUUGAGGGUCCUCAGCAGUUCUCUUUACACACUAUUAAAGUCUGUUGGAUUCUUGUGAGGUCAUGCUUAGAUCUGCCAUGAAAGCAGGGUGAUAAUUAUAUGGGUUAAUCUUGCAGAGCUUCCUUUUUAGUAACAAUGUACUUCAGUUUCAGCUAUGUUCCUUCAUAAUGAGGAGAAUGCUUAUACUAUAGUCUUCUCUCAUAAUCCGUGGAAUUAGGAGUCUGUAUAGAGUAGUAACGCUAUCAAUAAAUAUAUACAUUCAUCAGUA